GCCAUCGUUAGACUAAGCAGUGAGGGUUUUGUCGUGAAGAGACGAGGAAACGCGCGUUUUAUUAGCAUAUAAAACCGGAGCCAACUCCAAACCCUAAUUUCCUUCAAUAUCACCGCCGUCGAUUGUGUCGUGCUCUCUCUUCCCUCUCCGUCUGGUUCAAGGGAUUCGUAGUAGAAUCUGCAGAGUGAAAAUGAGUCGAGGAGGUGUAGCUGGUGCUAAGGGGAAGAAGAAGAGCGUGUCGUUCACCAUCGACUGUGCCAAGCCGGUGGAGGACAAGAUCAUGGACAUUGCUUCACUCGAGAAGUUCCUUCAGGAGAGGAUUAAGGUUGGUGGUAAGGCUGGUGCUCUCGGCGAUGCUGUUACGGUUACUCGUGAGAAAUCUAAGAUCACUGUUACUUCUGAUAGCAACUUCUCCAAAAGGUACCUCAAGUACUUGACAAAGAAGUACUUGAAGAAACACAAUGUGAGGGACUGGCUCAGGGUGAUUGCUUCUAACAAAGAUAGAAGUGUAUAUGAACUGAGGUACUUCAACAUUGCAGAGAAUGAAGGAGAGGAAGAAGAUUAGUCACUUGAUCAGCUUAAUCAUCUGUGAACCUUGUUUACCCUUUUUAUCUGUGUUAGCUUUUCUCACUAGACAAGUAUUGCUUGAGAUAUAUUGCUUUGAUUACAUUAGUUGCAAUUUAACAGUUUUGUUUAUCUAAAUUGCGGUGCCUUUGAUUGGGAGUA